AUGCCCGGAAGAACUUUUUGCUUACUCGUCUCCAAGAGUGUCCUUGUUGACUGCUCCGUAAAGAGACUUUGCAGAAGCACACCAUCCAAUAAUGGCAAUGACGGUAGCAAGUGGCGGUCCAACGAUGAUGCUCAGUGGUGUCAUCUUCUUCCAGAACAGAGUCAGCGUGAAAGCAAACACACCAGGUCCAAGAGCAAUACCGAUAAAGGUGAUGAUCCAGGAAAUGGUGAUACCGAUGUAGUUGAACACAACGGUAAGCGCACCCAUAGCAACAGCAAAUACAGUAACGCACAAGUGCGAGACUCUAAUAAGCUGUUUUCCGGAGGCAUUUGGGUUCAGGUAAGCUCUGUAGAUGUCGUAAGUAACAACGGAGGAGAAUCCGAUCAACUCGGCACUGGUGGCAGAAGUGGCCGCAAGCCACACCAUCAACAUCCCUGCAGCUGCUCCAGACUUACCCAAAAUCUGGUACAGACCGUACAACAUAGGGAUACCCUCGUUGACGAGCUCUGUUGGGAUUGGGUUUGGGUAAGUUGGAGAAGAUGGAUCGUGCAUAAGAGCAAGAGACGACAUGGCCGUGCACGAAGACAGUGCAAGUGGGAUAAUCAACCAACACAGUCCGCCAAAGAAGUAUCCCCACAUACUGCUCCGUGGAGAGGCAGCAAGGGCCUUUUGACUGUAACUUGGGUCGGUGAAGACGGUAGCAAAGCCACCCACAACGAUGUUCCAACCGUUGAAAAGAGCGGUUUUGUUAUCCCAGGUCAAGUAGCUGCCCUUGAAACCGGCCGAAGGGUUAGCAACCAGAAUAACGACAUAAAUGAUCACAGUGUGGAUCCAGUCCGACAGGAAGGUAGACUUGAGACCACCGGUCACAGUAUAUGCCCAGACACCAACAGGAAGCAGCAUGGCAGCGGCCACAACGUGCAUUCCAGUGAUAGCACUGAUAGCCUGGCAUCCACCAAGCAACAGCAUAGCAGAAAUAAUCACGUUUGUGCCCAUUCCGUAGAAAAGACACACCCAGUGGGCCACAGGCCCAAAUCUGGCGCGAACGAUCUCGAGCACAGUGUGUGCUCCAGGAGCCUUACGCUUGAUUUCAAGCGCAACAACGGCGAAAAAAGUAAUUUGGAUGGUGAAUGCAAAUGCAUACCACGCACCCGGGAUCCCAUACUCAUAGGUCAUGCCAGAACUAGUAAGUACGGUGCCUCGGCCAUGUCCAACUCGACACGACGGCCGAGGCGACCAAACCGGUCUUGA